AUGUUUGUUAGGUUUGAUUUCUCCCUUCUCUCUUUCUUUCUCUCACUCUCACUCUUUCUCUCUCUCUCUCUCUCACUAUUUCUCUCUCUCUCUCUCUCUCUCUCUCUUGUUCAGUUAUUCAUUAAGUAUAAUUUUAUUCAUUUACAAACGAAUCGAUUCAUUCUCUCAAUUCUCUUUCAUUCUUUCAAUUGUCUUUCAUUCUUUCAAUUCACUUUAAUUCUUUCAAUUCUCUUUCAUUCUCUCAAUUGUCUUUCAUUCUUUCAAUUCACUUUAAUUCUUUCAAUUCUCUUUCAUUCUUUCAAUUGUCUUUCAUUCUCUCAAUUCUCUUUCAUUCUUUCAAUUCUCUUUCAUUCUUUCAAUUCUCUUUCAUUCUUUCAAUUGUCUUUCAUUCUCCCAAUUGUCUUUCAUUCUCCAAAUUCUUUCAUUUUCAUUCUUUCUCAAUUCUUUCAAUUCUCUUUCAUUCUUUCAAUUCUCUUUCAUUCUUUCAAUUGUCUUUCAUUCUUUCAAUUCUUUCAUUUUCAAAUUCUUUCAUUCUUUCAAUUCUCUUUCAUUCUUUCAAUUGUCUUUCAUUCUCCCAAUUUCUUUCUCCCAAUUGUCUUUCAUUCUUUCAAUUCUCUUUCAUUCUUUCAAUUUUUUCUUUCAAUUCUUUAA